GAGAGAGAGAGAGCGUGAUCGACGGGCGACCUGACAGUCUACAAUCGUCUCAACGUCAUCGCGUGAUUCUUUGUAUUUUAAAGCCAAUUAUCUCACGCACUGCGGUCGCGCGCGCGCGACGAUGAUCUUGCAUUCGCGUACGUUCGCCGAUCGAUGUCACGCGUGUCCGCCAACAUCGGCCGAAAAUGUAAUACGGGCGUAAGAUCGCCGGCGGGCCCGACGACGGUGUUGCUGCGCGUCAGAACUAACCUAGACGUGUGCGGUGCGAGGCGACGCGACGCGACGGUGUGCGUUCGCGGACAAGACAUAGAUCGCGUCAUGAAUCGCACCGCUCGUACUUGCCGUUUCGCAGCAACGUGGUAGUGCAGCGUGUUCGUCGACCGCGCGACCUCCGGAUUCGUUUAUAGGUUAUCCUGACCAAACGGUCGCCCAACCGAUUAAUCCCUGCAACGACGGGACCGCGCGCUCGUCGCGCAGUUGACGCAUUUUUCUCGCCCGCCUUUUGGUUACGUUUUUUUUUACGCGCGACGUGUUCUGAAGUAAUCCUCGUCGUGAGGCCGCCUACGUGGGGGUUCAUUACCGACCGCAUAUCAAUCCGUUAAUCUUCGUCAUGUGCCCUGCGAGGAUCAAGUCGUUCCUGUCGACAGCUACUGCGCACCCUGAUUUCAGACAGACUUUGGAUUGUGCAAGUACUCUUUUAAGAAUUCUCACAAGUAUUCCUACAAGUACUUCUCCUGCAAAUAUCCCUCAAUACAAGAGAGCAACAGUGACUGCGUUUUGGAGGGACUUUUAAGCCACAUAAAUAGCAUUAUGUGCUUGUGACUACGUAUAGAUCUAUUCACAUUCGAGAAAUAAUGCUUAGAACCGCCGCAUACCUUUGUAUAACCUGACUGUAUCAAAGAUGCAAGCCAAGAAACGCUAUUUGUUGUUGUUUGUAACCUGCGCGUUUCUUGGUUACUGUUAUUUCGGCGGUUACCGUUUGAAAAGCGAAAAAUGGACAGGCAGAUCUCAGUUGCCUUACGAGCGAUUGCCUUCAUAUUUAAGUCUAAACGAAGAGUUCUACGACAAAGAUUUAAGGACAUCCAACGGCAACCUGGCUAUGUCCCAGCGCACGAGGCAUUGCCGUAUGGAGACCUGCUUCGAUUUCACGCGAUGCAAGCAGGGUUUCACCGUGUACGUGUAUCCAGUUGAGGAUGUGAUAAGUCCAUUAUACCAAAAAAUAUUAAACGUUAUCACCGAGUCGCGGUAUUACACGUCGGACCCAGCCCGGGCAUGUAUAUUCGUCUUAGCCCUGGACACGUUAGAUAGGGACCCCUUGUCCACUGAAUUUGUACACAACCUGCCCUCCAAACUACUGCACCUGCCGUACUGGAAUAACGGCAGGAAUCAUCUAAUAUUCAAUCUAUACUCUGGCACGUGGCCCGACUACGCGGAGGAAUCGUUGGUCUUCGACGUAGGCUACGCGAUACUUGCCAAGGCCAGUAUGUCUAUCUUCAGAUAUCGCCCGGAUUUCGACGUGUCGAUACCGUUGUUCGGCAAGCAACACCCGGAACGCGGCGGCGAGCCCGGACAGGCGUUGGAGAACAAUUUCCCUAGCAACAAAAAGUACGUGGCAGCUUUCAAAGGGAAACGAUACGUGCACGGGAUCGGAUCCGAGACGAGGAACGCUCUCUAUCACCUGCACAACGGCAAAGACUUGGUGUUUGUCACCACCUGCCGCCACGGCAAGGCGUGGCGGGAAUUGCAGGACGAACACUGUCAGCAAGAUAAUCAGGAGUACGAUACGUAUGACUAUGAGAUUCUAUUAAUGAACGCUACGUUUUGUUUGGUCCCACGAGGACGACGAUUGGGCAGCUUUCGGUUCCUAGAAGCCUUACGAGCGGGAUGUAUUCCAGUUAUCUUAAGUAACGGUUGGGCUCUUCCCUUCCACGAACGUAUCGAUUGGACUCAGGCUGUUAUAUUUUCCGACGAAAGACUGUUACUUCAAAUUCCAGAUAUAGUGCGGUCCGUGUCCAAUGUACAAAUUCUUAAAUUGCGGCAGCAAACGCAGUUUCUGUGGGAGAGAUAUUUUUCGUCCAUCGAGAAAAUCGUAUUCACCGUAUUCGAGAAUAUUCGCGAACGCUUGCCGUGGGAAGGUGCGCGGGAAAGGGUCGUUUGGAAUACCAGUCCUGGUGGUCUGGCGAUCCUGCCGCAAUUUGCCGACAGUCAGCAGGAGCUCCCGUUCUCGAACAGUAACCCUGGUAACACCUUCACUGCCAUCAUUUACUCACAAUUGGGUUCCACCGCCGUUCUUUAUCGUCUGAUUAAGAGUCUCUCGAAGAGCAAAUAUUUAGAUAAGAUAAUACUUAUGUGGAACUCGGACGUUCCGGUGCCAAGGAGGCCGCGUUGGCAAGGGAUCAAAGCGUUGAUCCAUGUGGUCGCGGUUGACGGUAUAUCGCAGCGUUUCUACCCUCAUCCUUUAAUCAAAACUAGUGCCAUAUUGUCUCUCGAUGAAGACGCCACUCUGAACAGCGACGAGGUGGAUUUCGCCUUCACGGUCUGGCGCUCUUUUCCCGAUCGAAUAGUUGGAUAUCCAGCGAGAUCUCAUUAUUGGGAUGACUCAAAACGUUCCUGGGGUUACACGAGCAAGUGGACGAACGAUUAUAGUAUCAUUCUCACCGGUGCCGCGUUUUAUCACCGUUACUACAAUACUCUUUACACCGAAUUAUUGAGUUCGACUCUCCACAAGACCGUCGAGCAGUCGCAGAAUUGCGAGGACAUUCUCAUGAACUUCCUGGUGAGUCACGUCACCCGGAGGCCGCCUAUCAAAGUGACACAGCGGAAGCUGUAUAAAGACACCGCGGUGGCUGGCAUCAGGUCACCGUGGAACGAUCCAGAUCACUUCAUACAACGACAAACGUGUAUGAAUACGUUCGUCGCGGUGUUCGGAUACAUGCCGCUGUUGCGAUCCAACAUGCGGCUGGACCCCGUACUGUUCAAAGACUCUGUCAGCAAUCUGCGCAAAAAGUAUAGGCAAAUUGAACUAGUUAGCAACUAGAAUUUUACACACUCACACCCACACACGUACACACGACGCUCGGUUACGCGCACGAAUAUUUAAUUUCUCGUGCGCGUGUGUCCGAUGCCAUCGCGCGAUGGAUGCUGGGUCUGUUUCCUUUCAGCUGUGCGCUAUGCUACGUACUGUGUCCGCAUAUUUUUUUGUUGUACACAGUUUCAGCAGCCGGAGGGGAUUAGGAAAGAGCGAAGAGGAAAAAUUUGCGAGGGAGUAUAGUGAGUAUACAUAGCGAAAAAAAAAAAAAGAAAAGAAACAAGAAAAAGAAAAGGGCAGACCUACUGUGUCAUCGUCUAAAAGUGCAAACGCGCGAGAGCGCGCAUGUCUAGUACGCAGCUACAUUUGCGCGUUUGUUGUGAGCUACUCUACCGCCAUACUAGGUUUAUCCUCGUUGUCUCAUCGGGCAAUCAAAUCAAAGUCCGUUUAUUCGGCAAGGACCUCAUGGUGAUAAGUCUGCGAUUUAUUUGCGAGUAAUUUUGUACAAAUUGUAGAGAAUAGCGACGAUAUACGCCGUUUCUAUUCGACGAUCGGACCUCUCGCUUAGCCGAGAGGUCACUCGCGAUUCAAUCGAUGUACAUAUACACAGAUCGUUUCAUAGUUAAUAAAAAAGAAAUUAUUUAACAAAAACACUUGGACUUUUCAGACCGGCCAUUAAGAUCACAAUUCGAGCAAUUCGAUGACAAAGCAAAGAAAAAAGAAGAAAAAAAAAGGAAAGAAAGAGUUUCGCGAAUUUUUGCGCGAAGAUUGCGCGCGUGAUUUCUCUCGCGCUCUCGCACACUGAUGGAUGCUAAUGUAUUUAAGAUAAUGAAAGAAAAGAAAAAAAAAUGCAAAGAGAUAUCGUUUACUCAGAGAAGAGAGAAAGAGAAAACGUCGUGAGAUGUCGUUAAGAGGGUAUCAGAAUAUAGACUUCGCCGAGUGUUCUCGGUAAUCAUUACGGAAAGAAGCCGAUAUUCCAUAUAUCGAAGAGAGACGUGUGAGCGAGAUUCGUUUGUAUUUAAAACAAUUGUAAAGACGUUGAGCUUUAACGCGAUCGUUAAUGUCGAUCUUUCUCCAGCUAUCGAAUCAUUUUAAUAACGCAUAAAUUAUUCGCGUUGUUGACCUUUCGUUUGAUCAGCGAGAAAGAAAGGUGGAGAGAAAAGCAGGAGAGUUCUUAUAUUUGAACUCAUAACCGUGUACCGAUCUUGUGUCCGACGGUAUGAGGAUUCAAUAAAGAGAGUCAAUUUGUUCAACUAUGCAUACAUAUCGCCGCAUACGUUGCAUUUACUUCGCGAUCGCUCGUUAUGUGUGUCGCACUGAUUCACAAGUGCGUCUUUCUCGGAUUUAUGCCGUACAAGCAUCUUUUCAUUCGAAUACUGCCGAGUUCUCAGGAACGUUUCAAAAAACAAACAAAAAAAAA